AUGCCACAGUCUCUGUGUUGUACGUCAAGACUUCAGCAACAAUGUGCAUCCUACUGCAGUGGCAUAGACUGUGCCGAUGGGACGUUCAUCAAGAAAGUGCUCCAAGAACGACUGUCUCAAAUGAAGCCUGCAGGCCAACGAACAACAAUUGCUGUGCCCACAGAACCUGAAUCAUCUUUCCCUUCGUUUAUUUCACAAGGAGCUGGUUUCGAAUUCAGCAUUGAUCAGCGAGGCAUUGAUUCGCUGAAUAGUAAUCAACGUCCAAUCAUAACAUAUCGUAACGGGAAGAACGAUGGUGAAACUUACCAUAAAGAAACUAGCGGCGGCGGGUCGAGUUCUAGUGGCAUAAUCGCAAAAUCGAAAGGGCUUCCGCCGUCCGCAGAGAAAAUAUUCCCAGAAUCGAUGGAGGUUAUGGGAGGAUCCGACUCAUCCGAAAACGCUAGACCAAUAGCUCUGCUACCACCAUCCUCACAACAAAACUCGUUUCUGACCACCUCACCACACACCGAGCAUUCAAACGCACAUCAUACCUCAGUGGCUCACCUGAGCCAGAUAUGGUCAAUUCAAGUGAAACCUCACAACGAGCUGCGCUCUCAUUUCAACACAAUCGAUAGCAAAUGGCUGAAUAUCGACUCAUUGAAAUUAACACCAAACAUGCGAACCUCGAAUGCAAACCUCAAUAAGAGUUCAUCGCAUCACAAAGUUCCUCGACCAGAAGUACCACCCCGAAUACUACCAGUGUUACCGCAAAUCUUCACUCAUCCACCAAUUGCUACGACAGCUGCAAGCGUAAUACAACGACUCAUAACCCCUGAAAUAGACACUGCAACGCCUCGACCAGCACAAUGCGGUACUGCACCUGAUUUCAUACCGUGCGUCUCAACGCCAGAAGCCAACGCUCGAAUGCUACAGUGUUGUCAAGCAAAACUACUCCCGAUUGGUUGUCAAAACUUGUGCAAAUACGAUGUCACACAAGCUGAGAUAAAACAAGCAUUGGAUCAAGCACAAUGUAGCAUAUUGCAUGUUGCACCAAUAGUUGAAUGCGCUUCGGGUGGUCAAGACAAUAUCGAUUGUUGUCGCUAUAAACAAGUCGCUAUCAAGAGGUGAGUGGUGAAAAAAAUCUAG